AUGGCAGAGUUCCAAGACUAUGUCAUUUACUUCCUCAUUUGGCUUGUUUCUGCUAUUCUGAUACGAAUAUUUAUCAGAAAACGAACCACAUCAGGCCUUCCUCCAAGCCCUCUAGCCUUACCAAUUAUUGGUCAUCUCCACCUCCUCGCCCCAAUACCUCACCAAGCUCUAGCCAAGCUGUCUCAACGUUAUGGACCUUUGAUUCACAUAUUUCUUGGUUCAGUCCCUUGUGUAGUUGCUUCCUCACCUGAAAUGGCUAAAGAUUUCUUGAAAGCAUACGAAAGUUCCUAUUCCAAUCGACCUCAUAGUUUUGCUACUGAUUACCUAACUUAUGGUUCUCAAGACUUCUCAUUUGCACCUUAUGGACCUUAUUGGAAGUUCAUGAAGAAACUAUGCAUGUCUGAACUUCUUGGUGAUCAAACACUAGAACUGCUACUUCCAGUUAGACGAUCUGAAAUGAGACGUUUUAUAGAAUUUUUAUCACGAAAAGCUAGUGCAGGCAAGUCAACUGAUAUUGGUGGAGAGCUUAUUAGACUGACAAAUAAUGUAAUAUCAAGAAUGAUUAUGAGUGAAAGGUGUUCAGAAGAUGAAGAUGAAGCUGGAGAUGUCAGGAAAUUGGUUCAAGAAAUUGCUGAGCUUACCGGGAGGUUUAAUCUGAUGGAUUUUAUUUGGUAUUGUAAAAAUUUGGAUUUGCAGGGAUUCGGAAAGAGGCUUAAGGAGGUUCGUGACAGAUUUGAUGUGAUGAUGGAGAGGGUCACUGAUGAACAUCAAAAUCUAGGCCGGAAAUUGAAGCUAGAAAACGAGGAAGGAGAAGGCGUAAAAGAUUUGCUCGACAUUUUACUUGAUAUAUCAGCAAAUGAGAGCUCAGAGACGAGUUUGACAAGAGAGAACAUUAAAGCUUUUAUCCUGGACAUAUUUGCUGCAGGAACUGAUACAUCAGCAAUCACAACAGAAUGGGCUCUGGCAGAACUAAUCAACCAUCCAAACAUAUUGCAUAAAGCCCAGCAAGAAAUUGAUUCUGUUGUUGGAAAAAACAGACUUAUAGAAGAAUCAGACAUCCCAAAACUUCCAUACCUUCAAGCCAUUGUUAAAGAAACGGAUCUUAAACACUGGGAAAAUCCACUGGAGUUCCGGCCAGAAAGGUUCUUGAACGAGGAUGGUAAUGUGAAAGCACAGUUAGAUGUAAGAGGACAACAUUAUCAUUUGUUGCCAUUUGGGAGUGGUCGAAGAGGAUGUCCCGGAACUUCUUUGGCUUUGCUGGUUGUUCAGACAACCUUAGCAGCCAUGAUUCAGUGCUUUGAGUGGAAAGUUGAAGGGAAUGGGACUGUGGAUAUGGAAGAAGGACCUGGUAUAACACUUCCAAAGGCACAUCCUUUGAUUUGUUUCCCUGUGGCUAGAUGUAAUCCAAUGCCAUCUAUGUAA